AUGGUUGUAGAUGAACCAGAAUUUCUACCAUUCAGAGUGGCCAUGAAUGCUGCAGCUUGGGGCCAUCAGCUAGGAUCACCAUCAUCCUCCAUGCCACUGAAUGCCAGCCCUUCCCAGCCAUCACUCAGCAUGCUUGCACCAUCUUGGGACUCCCCACCACUUUCACUGGAGGAGGCAUGGCAAGCAAGUCAUUCCAUGCCAUCCUUGGCCACCAUUGUGCCUAGCUGGGAUUUGCCAACAUCUUCCCUGGCAGUCUCACCCCCACCUAGAUUGUUGCCAGCAUCUGCACAAAUUCCACAAACUGUGCCAUUUCCCCUGGAUCAUGCAUAUAUGGAUGAGUGGUUAGAUGGUGCAGCAGCCUCUGAGCCACAGCCCAUCCCAGCUACAUCAUGGCAACCAUCUCCAUGGCCUACAGCCACCAAUGCCACUGCCGUGACUUGGGUAUACAAGGAAUUCAUGAAGAAGGGCCAAUUACAACAUCAGUGGAAAAAGCAUGGCAGCUUGCAGUUCUUCUCACAGGACUGA